AUGGAUUUAGCAAACUCUGCUACAACGAACACUGAUUUUAGCCGUUACUUCGAGUGCGACGAGAGUGAAGACGAAAGUUCAGAAGACAGCGAGUACAGCGCGCAGUACCAGCCUGAGCCGGUCAGCGUGCAGCAGUGCGAAGAUGAUGAUGAUGACGAGGUGUUCAUAGACACGCCACCAGACGACAGCACGUCCUGCGAGCUGCUUCUAUCCCAGGAGCCUGUGCCCCGCGUGUCUCCGGUGUCCCCCCGAGUCUCUGAGGAAGAUGAUGACAUGCAGCUGGAGGUGGCGGCUGGUACUCCCGUGCUACUUAAUUAUCUGCUGACUCAUCCCGUCACCUGCAGCGUGCAGUGACGCCCUCACUGCGUGCCCCGA